AGUGGAUUGGCAUCUUGUGCUUAACUGAUAAUACCUUCAUCAUUAAAAUCUACAGCUUCUUCUUUACAGCAUAAGGCUCCCAUGAUACGAUGUCGUUAUUGUUUGUUGUUGCAGGAGGUUAGUUUCUGCUUGCUACUAUUGGGUAGCAGUGCAAAAGAAAGUAGCGGUAAUGUGUUUUUAUGAAAUCGACUAGUUGUGAAUUUCGUCGAGCACCAUGAAGCGGGGUUCAAGAGCCAAAGAAAAGAAUCAAAACAAGAAGAAGGAAGGUGAAAAAGAAAGUUUGAGAGGAAAGGAAAAAGAGAUAAAAACGGUUAAACGAGGUGCAAAGUACUCUUUCUUGUUUCCCCUCCUAACUUUUUGCACUAGCUUGCCAUGUAGAGUUGGCUGGCUGAUGCUGAUGCUACUGAUUGUCCUGUGCUGCUGUGUAGAUGUAACGUUGCAAAAUAGUUCCAGUGAGUGGGAGGUGUCACAAGAGUGCGACUGGAUUCAAAUUUUGGUCCUUCUUGUUCUUGUGCUCUCUCUCUCUCUCUCUUCUUUUUCUCAAUGGCGCAUCCUCUCCUUGAAGAUGUGCUGAAGGAGCCCCGACUUUGACGCCUCCAAAGAAGCCGACUCUUAUCUUGCUUCCACCCGCAGAUACCCCUCGAACAAUGAUUUUCUAGGUACGUUCUGGCCAAUAUAUGUUAUUGAUGGCGAUGAUGUUU